AGAGAGAGAGAGAGAGAGAGAGAGAGGUUGUAUUUUGAAAUCUUGUUCGAAUUUUUUAAUGCUCGCACCUGGCUAACUGGAUAAAAAAUAAUAAACUAGUUAAAAGGGAUGUACCUCAAGUUAAUUAACCUAGAUGAAUUUAAUUUACAGCGUUCAAUGAUUCUAGAAAUCUACGACUGGCUUAGAUCCAUUUCUAUCUUCUUAUGCACACCAGGAAAACUGCGGUUUCCAGGGGAGAGAAUUAGCAUUAUCGGGGACCCCAGAUUGACUUACGGCAGCAGAUGUUUUAUACCCUCCGGUGUGUAAAGUGAGGACCGGUUCUUCAUUACAAGAAACCCAGACGUCCAAAUUACAAGUAAAUGACGAGAUUUGACGAAUGGAUCCUUAAACACCCAGCAGAGGGUUAGUUGGGGAUUAGCGAGCUAAGAGCGCGCACCUGGUCCGCUACAGUCCGGGGCUUACUGAUAGGGGAGACUAGGGGAGCGCCACCGUGCGACGGUACAACAAGGGGGUGACUUAUUCACUGAAUCACGGCAUCUGUACGGGAGACUGGAUGGUUAAUAUCUUCUGAUAAGGUUGUACAGUUUACGGAGAAGAAUCGGGAGAAGUGUAUUUAUUAAUAACUAUGGCAGAGGAUGUGAUUGAAUAUCAUUUAAAUAAUGAAUAAUAACAACUAGGAGCUAUAUCGAAGUAUUUCGCUUCCAUUAUAAUUGUUGGCUCAUUCAGCUAGCGACAUCCAUACUUUAACAUAAGCCAGAUAGGGAGACUCGCCGGAUUGUGGUGGGGCCGGGAAUGAUGGACGAUUUAAACUUCCUCUCUCCUUAUUUUGAACUGAACUUGGAUUUCCUCAACCAUUCUUUGUUCAACUUCAGUCUGGCUAGUCUCAACAUCUCCCUCAGCGAGGUGUAUCAUGAUGAUUCGAUGUAUCAGCGGAAUCUGUUGAUGUACUACUUAAUGGGAAUAUGCGGGAUGGCGGUGUGCGCGUUUGGGAUCAUCGGAAACAUUCUGUCAAUUAUUGUUCUGACCAGGACGUGCAUGAAGAGUUCUACGUACUCAUAUCUGACGGCGCUGUCCGUUAGUGAUUUAUUAUUUCUCAUUUUGACGAUGUUCAUACUGUCACGCGACUCCGAGAAACCGAAUCAGGAAAUUUCAUGGGGGAAACCCUUCUACAUCAAACUGUUCCCAUUUGUUCAUCCUUCAGCCAUUACAUUUCAGGUGACGUCAAUUUGGCUCACGUGCGCAUUCACUGUUGAUAGAUAUAUCAUGAUAUGUCAUCCAUUUAAAGCGGAGCGGUGGUGCAAGCUCUCAACGGCACGAAAAACGAUUGUUGGCGUUUUCGUAGCCGGGUUAUUAUUUAACGUAAUUCGUUUUUUCGAAUACGAAUCCUCAGAAAUCACUGUCUCAACAAACGACACAAACCCUCGACAACUUGUGAUAAAACUAACAGACCUCGGGAAUAGCGAGGAGUUCCGAGAGAUCGUCCAUUCGUGGCUCUAUCUGACCUGUGUGGCGGGAAUUCCGUUCCUGUCCUUGUUAGUGCUCAAUAUCUUUCUCAUUCAUGCAGUACACGAGUCUAGGAAGAAAGGCAAACAGAUCAACGCGAAGGAGAAGCGACGGAACGAUACAACUAUAAUGUUGAUUGGGGUAGUGGUCAUCUUUCUGAUCUGCCAGGGACCAGCGUUGAUAUCUCGCAUGAUAUGGGCGUUUGAUUACCAGAAGGCGUUCGUCUCGGCGCCGUGGUACACGUUUAACGAAGUUUCCAAUUUCCUUGUCAUUUUAAAUUCCGCCAUAAACAUCGUUCCAUAUUACUUUUUUGGUAAGCGCUUCAGAAGCGAGUUUUGGAAGAUCUUCUGCAAGUGUUUGUUAACGAAGGAAGAUAUUCGGAAUUUGACCAGGAAACUUAGUACAUCUAUGCACGAACGCCAACAAAGCGUUGUAAGUCAAUGCGAGAAUAACGAUAUUAACCAGUUACAGAUGUUUCAGAAAUCCAAAGCGUUCAAAAAGUUAGUCAAAAAAUACAAGUCAGUCCCAAUAGAUGAGGAAAAUGAAAAUGACAUUGACAACAGGCCCCAAACAAACGGAAGACAUGAACGGAACCAUCUUCGAGUGAAAUUCGAACCCAACGGGAACUGUCGAGCCGAGAUCGACCUCUGUGACGCGUGCCAAACUAAAGCCUUAUUGUGACAUUAUCUAGUUGUAUCGUAUUGUUAUGGUGAAAUAAUUUAUUAAAGAUGUUAUAGUCCUUCU